GGCUGAUUGGGACCUAUCACCCUGGGCCAUAUGCAUGUGUGCAAUUUUAGGCCCUUUAUACAUUGGCUUUAUGGCCUGGCUCGUCACUGGAAUCCUUUUGGCGAAUCCUUUGGGUGAAUCCUUUGACCGCUAUCGAGUGGGUGUGCGAUUCGAUCACACCAUUUCCAACCGUCAGCCGCGUUCCCGUCAGCCAAAAACGGCUGUGGCUGCUCAACUCUUAGCUCAGCGUAAAUUUUCUCUCCAUACCAAAUUUCACUUGCUCACUCAAGACUUCGUUCAUCUUUACUUCUCUGAUUUUUUGCCUUCAAGCAAAAAGCUCGCGUGUUUCUUCACCCAAUAUGGAUCCCUCCCAGUUGGCUAGUUUGACGCCGGAGCAACUGGCGGCAAUGCCUGCGGCUCAGCCUCCGGAAGGCGUCCAGUCCAACUUUGACCAUCCGGACUCGACAGCGCCCCGUGCCAUCGCUGUCAUCUCCGUCUUCCUAGGCAUCAUGAUCAUGGUCGUGGCGUUGCGACUGUAUUCGCGGAUCUGGGUCGUCAGGAAGACCGGGCUCGACGACUGGGCGGCCCUCGCCGGUGCGAUCUGUACUACCGGUCUUGCCGGUACCGCGCUUUACCAGCUGUCCCAGAACUGGUUUGGGCCUCACAUGUGGGAUAUUCAUCUUACCGUCUUUCUCUCGCCCGUCUACAACAGGUUGAUCUUUGUCUUGACCAUAAUGCUUAUGCCCGCGAGUUUCUUCGUCAAGGUCUCGGUUCUCUUGUUUAUCUACCAGAUCUUCCCGCGCCGGGCGUCACCUAAAACCGCCUAUGCCGUCUGGGCCGGUCUGGCCAUGAAUCUCGUGGCCUACUCGGCUCUGAUAAUCUACAUCGGGGUCUCGUGCGCGCCCCGCCCGGCCGAUAACGGCAUGCUCCCGGCACAGUGCACUGCAAAGGUCAGACAGGACCAGGGUGUUGUGUCCGCUGUCAUCAAUGCCGCGAUGGACUUGUACGUUCUGGCCAUUGCCAUUCCCGCUAUUUGGACGCUGCAAAUGGCUACGCGCAGGAAGAUUGGUAUCACUGGUGUGCUUGGCGUGGGUAUAAUUGCAUGCGCAUUCAGCUUUGUUACGCUGUAUUACCGUGUUGGAACAGAUGGAGCGGAUGACCCAUCGCGCAACCAGACCGUACCUCUUAUUUUCACUGUUCUUGAGCCUACUUUUGGUAUGAUCACUGCCUGUCUUCCCACCAUUCCCGCAUUGUGGGUCGAGGUCUCUGCCAGGGCAGGCAGCUCGAUUCGUGGUCUCCUCUCACGGAUCCGCACCAGGGGCAGCACGAGCCGCCUGGAUAGCGGUAAUCACAGCAGUAGCAAGUACAGCAACAGCAAGUAUAGUAAAAGCGGGUACGAGAUGCACAGCCGGUCGGCGGACCGCUCCAACGUGUCGUCGCAGAAUCGAAGCCACGUCAAUGACAUGUUCAUGACCGAUAUCGAGCAGACGCCCAUCGUGCCGUAUGCUUUCACCAGAGACAGCCAUCAGAGCUCGGAGAGGUAGUCGUUGUUAUAGCUAAGGCAGAGGGUUUUGUAUCAACAAACAGAUGAACCUGGGGGUUUGUAGCGAUAUAGCGAAAUAGAUAAUGGUGAGGAGGCGUAGAUGAAUAAUUGUGUCGAAAAUGUCUAUUUAGGCUUAGUUGUUUUCUUUGAUGUUUCAUUUGAAGGGUAUCAUUUACGAGACUCAGGAAUAUCUUUACGACUUUUAAAAUAC